AUGGGCUCUUUCAAUCACUAUGUGCUUGUUAAGUUCAAGGAUGGAGUUGCAGUUGAAGAACUCAUUCAAGGGUUGGAGAAGAUGGUAUCUGGGAUUGACCAAGUCAAAUCCUUUGAAUGGGGAAAGGACAUUGAAAGCCAUGAUAUGCUAAGACAAGGUUUCACUCAUGCUUUCUUGAUGACAUUCAAUGGGAAAGAGGAGUUCAACGCAUUUCAGACUCAUCCAAAUCAUGUUGAGUUCUCGGGAGUGUUUUCACCUGCUAUUGAGAAGAUUGUGGUGCUGGAUUUUCCAUCUAACCUUGUCAAAGCACCAGCAUGA